ACUACAGAUCCCACAAUGCCCCGCGCGAACACCACAGCGCAGUUCGCGCAUGCGUACAACUCCUACGACUCCAAGAUGGCCGACACAGCGACCGGCAGCUCCGGCACGAGGGCGGCCGGGAAGCAGACGAGCACCCCGGCCGAUAACUACUACCUGGCUCGGAGGAGGACGCUGCAGGUGGUGGUCAGCUCCCUGCUCACCGAGGCCGGCUUUGAGAGCGCCGAGAAGGCAGCGGUGGAGACACUGACGGAGAUGCUGCAGAGCUAUAUCUCUGAAAUGGGAAGGAGCGCCAAGUCCUACUGUGAGCACACAGCCCGGACACAGCCCACGCUCUCUGAUAUCGUGGUUACCCUGGUGGAAAUGGGCUUCAAUGUGGAAACGCUUCCCGCAUAUGCCAAGCGCUCCCAGAGGAUGGUCAUCACUGCCCCUCCUGUGACAAACCAGCCUGUGACUCCCAAAGCCCUGACAGCCGGGCAGAACAAGCCACAUCCAUCCUAUAUUCCCAGCCAUUUCCCGGAGUUUCCGGAUCCUCACACUUACAUCAAGACCCCAACAUACCGGGAGCCUGUGUCUGAUUAUCAGGUCCUGCGGGAGAAGGCAGCAUCACAGCGGCGCGAUGUGGAGCGAGCCCUGACCCGCUUCAUGGCUAAGACAGGAGAAACACAGAGUCUCUUCAAGGAUGAUGUCAGUACCUUCCCCUUGAUUGCAGCCAGGCCUUUCACUGUCCCCUACCUGACAGCUCUUCUCCCCUCUGAGCUGGAGAUGCAGCAAAUGGAAGAGACGGAUUCAUCUGAGCAAGACGAGCAGACAGACACCGAGAACCUGCCCCUGCACAUGAGCACGGAUGAUUCAGGACCUGAGAAGGAAAACACUUCGGUGUUACAGCAGAACACCUCCCUGUCAGGCAGUCGGAAUGGGGAGGAAAACAUGAUCGACAAUCCCUACCUCCGGCCAGUGAAGAAGCCCAAGAUCCGCAGAAAGAAGUGAGGAUUUACUCUCGGAAGAGAUGGGGGACAUGGAAGUUUCUUGCUGCUCAGUGCUUCCCGAUGGGCUUUGCAGGAUACAAAGGCAUCAUUCAUUUGUGGCUGGCUGGCAGGCUGGAAAAGAAACUUCUGCAACCAACCCUGCCUCGCCCUAUAAUCUAAGGAGCAUGUAUUAAGAGAGGCAGAAAAAUCCCAGAGAGGGUUUCUUUCUUUGGAUUCUUGGCAGGUAAAAGCAAACAGACUUUUCCUUUCUAAACUAAAGGUGACUGGCGCAUCGGUAGGAGAGUGUACAGAGUGAAGAUGGCAUUUCAUUCCCACUCUUCUGUCUGCAGCUGCACUUCAAAGUGCUGAAGUGUGGUGUUUACCCUAUUCUGCUUUGAGGUUAUUUUCCAGCAGUGUGAAUGUCAGGAUUCAACAGCUGCUUCAGGCUAUUUUUCAGUUCUAUUGUUAGUUUCAACACAGCACAACUCCUUGGAGAGUUCCUGCCUCCACCAGUUGGUUUGAAAGAUGCUGUGCUAAAACACUUGGAAUAUGGAAUAAAGCUGUAUGGAUAAAGCAGUCCACAAGGCCAUUCUAUUGAUUGCACUUUAUUUUGUCCAAAACACGAGCUUUUAUCAACAGAAGUUGCUCUUUUUUCCCCCCUCUUUAUUUCCCUGGAGAAGAAGACUUUAUUUCAGCAGUGAAAACAACUGGUGAUGGGAGUAUUGUAAUUGUUAGCUCCUUCUAGAGGGCUUUGCUUUCAUUUUCCUCAAGCUUUGCUUAGGCAAAAUAUAAGUUAAAUUCCUUUGACAAGAGACUCCUGUAGUUUGGUCCAGUCCCCAGAGCAUCUCUUCUGGAUGAGAGCAUGGUGCAGGGAGAGGCAGCAGAGGCUUCCAGGCAGCUCAAGGAGUAGCUGAGUGCAAGGAGCCUCUUGCAGUCCCCAGGAAGAUCAGGGUUCUGUGUGUCCAUGUUAAGGCAUCCUCCCAAGCCUCCCUCUUCCCCAUCACCCAUGGAGGGGGGAGAUAAAAAGGAGCUAUUGUUUCAGUGAGGAGCAUUCUGGACUCGGAUCUCUAGCAAAAGAAGCCCUGCGUGUGCCACUGUCACUUCUGCGGUGCCUUGGUUGUACAGAGAUGUUGUGUAUGUUUGUAUAUAUAGAAAUGUUUAUCUUUUUUUACUUGGAUUAAGCAUUUUUGGUAAUGAGAAAACCCCUCUGGGGAGGGGAAAAGUGUACAAUGAAACCUGUGAUUUCUAUGUUCAUAAUAAAAGAAACUUUAUCUCCUACAAGCAAAA